CGUGGCUAGGAGUGACGUGGUCUGUGGAAUCCAAACAGAGGGGAGGAGGCCGGCGGCGGCCAGCAGCAGCGGCAGCGACAGCGGCGUCCGGAACGCUCCCGGUUGCCACCCUCCCCGCCCGCCGCUUGUUUGGGCGGGUUUAAAUAGUUGAGUAAGAUCAAGCUGGGUAACCAUGGCUGAAGGUGGAUUUGAUCCCUGUGAAUGUGUUUGCUCUCAUGAACAUGCGAUGAGAAGACUGAUCAACCUGCUUCGGCAGUCCCAGUCCUACUGCACAGACACAGAGUGCCUCCGAGAGUUGCCAGGACCCUCCAGUGACAACAGUGUCAGCAUCACUGUGAUCCUGAUGGCCUGGAUGGUGAUUGCAGUGCUCCUGUUCUUACUGAGGCCUCCUAAUUUGAGAGGCUCCAGCCUCCCCGGAAAGCCCUCCAGUCCUCACAGUGGACAGGACCCGCCUGCUCCGCCUGUGGACUAACGUUGAUGUGGGAAACAGAUGUUAACGCUGUGCACGACCAAAUGACUGAAGAUGACCAGAGUACUCUUAGCUGUUUUUCCUUUUCCAUCUGCGAUUGGGGAUGGUAUUGUUUUCAUGAGCUUAUAGAAAUUUCACAUGCAAACUGACUUUUGCUUCUUGUGUUGCUCAGUUCUUAUUUACGGUAUACCUGAGUAAACGGAUCUAUCAGAACGUUCACAGGACUUUGUUGGUUGGCCUAAUUUUAAACAUUCCACUCGUUGUCCUUGGAACCGUGAUCAUAAUGUCUUUGGUGGUUUCUUGCCCAACUGAAGGAAAAUUGAGAUUUCUGCAUUUAAGUAUUUUAAGUGGUUUUAAUAGAUUUUAAUUUUUUCCAUAAGGUAUUUAUUUGGGGUUAUCUGGUGUGAAUGACAGAGCCAUACUGUAUUUACUUUACCUUGGCAGUUUUCUGUAGUUCUUGGGACAGUGAAGCUUGUAGCCUAUUUUCCUUAGAGCCUCCAGCUGCGAUCCGGGUGGCUACAGAUGGCUCGUGUGGCUAGAAUAGGAAAAGUGAACUGGUUGUUUAAUGAUUUUUUUUAAAUUCACAUUAAAAUUUUCUGAUGUUAAGAAUACUUUAAAUAAACAUGAUUGAUUAAUAUA